AUGCACCUUCUCACUAUAAUCAUUUUAGCAGCCGGGUUGACUGGAGUACCCGCGCAACCCGUGGAGGUGUUGCCGAAGGUUGUCGAAGCUCCAGUUCACGAUUUCACAGACUACAUGGCAGCCGGAGCUGGCAACUUUGGGCCCAACAGCGGGGGUAGGGGUGAGUUCAACCCGGGUUACAUGGGCACACCACCCAGCUUCAAAGGCAAACGUGAGGCUCCCGUCAUGGAUACCGACAAACCGAAGACCGAGAGUCAAGCCAAAGCCGGAAAUCAGGAUGUGCAAGCAAGACAUGAAGCUCCUGCUGGUUCAACUGUUGACCCAACCUUCAAAAACAUUGAGACGAGAGGUUAUAACCAUUACGGCGGGCACGGCUACGGUGGUGGUGGCUAUGGUGGCUAUGGUGGCGGUGGUUGGGGUGGUGGCCACGGCGGCUACGGCGGCUAUGGUGGAGGUGGCUGGGGCGGCGGCCACGGCGGCUAUGGUGCCUAUGGUGAUGGCGACGACUACGGCGGUGGCCACGGCGGCUACGGUGGCUAUGGCGGAGGUGGCUGGGGCGGCGGCCACGGCGGCCACGGCGGCUACGGCCAUGGCCAUGGCUAUCACUCCAGUAAUUAUGUCAGCUCAAGCGCCUCCGGAGGGGACCACAACACAGCCGCUGAUGACCAGAAAUAUAGGGACAACCUUGCUAAACUCGCGGCGAAUAACUGCGGGGAGGACUGCCAUCAUUCUUUGGACUCGUACCGCUCGGUGGCAUCCAAAGACUCGAGGUUGUCCAAAGAAAACCACGAUAAUACCUAUCAGUCGGAUUACGGCCAUAUCAACACGAAAUAA